GGCCGCCGUCGUGCCCAGCACUGUAGCAUCAUGGCUAUGGGGGUCCCCAGUGCCGGCCCUGCAUUGGUACCAUGCCCAGCCCCACUCUACCCCCUGUGCCCCCCCAAAUACAUUUGUAUCCGUGCAUUGACAGCUGUCUGUGCCACCCUGAUGCUCAAUGGGGUCACCCCGUGCCAUGAGGACACCCCCUGCCCCCCGUUAUCGCAGCUCCAGCCCCACACUUUGCAGCAUGGCUAAUGAAGCCCCCCCCGGCUGCAGCCCCUGCCCCUCCCCGCCCGGCUGUUAGGACCCAGCUGCUGCCCCAGCGCCGUCAGUGGGCGGGCAGAGCUCGGGGGUGACAGCCGGAGCCAUCGGCGACAGGCAAACAACGGGAUGAGUAAUGGGGGACAGCCAGGGGGGGGAUGGGGCCGCAGGGAAUCCCAGUCCUGCAGUGUGAGCGGGGCUGGUGGCAAGGACCAUCCUCAAGGAGCCAAGCAGGUAAGGGGACAUGAGAAGAUGGUGGCCAUGCUCAAGGUGGGCUCUCCCUCCAUGGGAUGCAAGAAGCACGCCCCUGUGACCCCGGCUGUGGAGCUGUUGGCUUAGCCCCCAUGGGCAUGGAGAACCGAAUGGGGCCAAAUGGCACAACCAGCCUGGAGAACCCCACCAUUCCAGAGCAGUCCACAGCACAGGAGGUGCUGGGCCUCCUCUGCAUGGUCCUGCUCACCAUCACUGCCCUCGUGGCCAACGUGGUGGUGAUGGUGGUCAUCCUGAAGACCCCUCUCAUCCGCAAGUUCAUCUUUGUCUGCCACCUGUGCGUGGUUGACCUCCUCUCUGCCAUCUUCCUCAUGCCUCUGGGGAUCAUCUCCAGCUCCUCCUGCUUCGACAGGGUCAUCUACAGCAUCGCCGAGUGCCGGGCCUUGAUAUUCCUCAACAUCUGCUUCGUCAGCGCCUCCAUCCUCACCAUCUCUGUCAUCAGCAUUGAGCGGUACUACUACAUCGUCCACCCAUUGCGCUACGAGGUCAAGAUGACCAUCAGGCUGGCUGUGGCAGGGGUCAUUCUCAUUUGGGUCAAGUCUGUCCUUAUCACCAUCCUGGCAUUGGUUGGGUGGCCUCAAGACAACGGGGCCACCAGCGCCAGCCGCUGCACGGUCUACUGGAGCCCUGGGGCCCACAAGAAGGCUUUUGUCGUCAUCUUUUGCAUCACCUGCUUCAUCCUGCCCACCAUCAUCAUCUUCGCUGUCUAUUGCAGCGUCUACCGGGUAGCCCGCCUGGCAGCCCUACAGCAUGCGCCCGCCCCGGCGGCUGCCCCACGGCCCCGCUGUGACUCCAUCGCCAGCCAACUGACCAUGGUCACCAUGAGGAACCUGCCGCUGCCCCGCCUGGCACCCGAGCGCUUUUUGGGAGGGAACAAGGCCAUCCUCACCUUGCUCCUCAUCGUGGGUCAGUUCCUGUGCUGCUGGCUGCCCUUCUUCGCCUUCCACCUGCACUUCUCUGUGGGUGCCACUGCGCAGGGCGGUGGGCACGGCGAGAUGCUGGUUACCUGGAUUGCCUACUCCUCCUUCGCCAUCAACCCCUUCUUUUAUGGGCUGCUUAACAGGCAGAUCCGCCAGGAGCUGGCCCGGCUCUGGCGCGCUCUUCUCCACCGUCCGCUGGCGCAGGAGCUGUGUUUGGCCAUUUCCGAGGCCUCUGUCCAGGAGAACGUCCUGCAGUUCCUCCAGAGAGCUGCCUGCACGCUGGAAACCCACGCUGGCUGCAUCAGCCCCAGGAACAGGCUGGAGCAGGGCAAGGGGGGCUGCCCCAUCCCUGGCCAGGUUCCCGAAGAGAGCGUCCAAGAGCAGAGCUCUGUGCCACUGUAGCUCUGGGUCCCAUCCUCUUUGCUCCUGGUCCAUGUUUUACCUGCUGUCCCAGCCUGCGUGCUGGAUGACUGGCUCUUGGCUGCAUUUUGGGUGCUAUCAUUUCCAUCCCUGGCUCCUGCAGCAUGUGGGACAUGGGAAGCCAAGGGGCUACAGCAUGGGGGGCCAUUCCCCCACAGGACUCCUGCCAGGGUCAUCCUGCACCCUCCCCAGCCCACAUAACACCACUAACACCAUAACACCAGUGCCCAUGGUACCUCCCCUCCUGAAAGUCAGGAUGCUGCUGGGGGGGGAUGCUGUGCUCCCAGCCUCCUAAAAUAGGAAACCCCACCACAGCAAUAGGAGCUGGGGAAAGGUGCCCCCUAGGGGGAGGGAGGGAGGGGGCUCAGGGAAGAUCACUGACCAUGGGGCCACCCCUCUGCUGUCACCUCAUGCACCCCCCCAAGCUGGGGCAGUCUCCACUUCGGGGGGUGGAAAAUUGAUCUUUUUCACAUAAAUUUUAUCUUUUUAUUAAACCAUUGAUAAGUUACAAA